AUGAAGAACACUCACAGAAACGACGACGAGAUCGCCCGGACAGUGCUCAUUGAGCUUCUGGCCUAUCAAUUCUGCUUCCCAGUACAAUGGAUCAAAACGCAGGACCUCAUACUAGGCUCGCAAGACACAGAGCGUCUUAUCGAAAUAGGUCCUACGACCACCCUGGCGAAUAUGGCGAAACGGACAGUAGAUCUCAAGUACGCCCACCGGGAUAUGGCCCAAAACACCCAGCGGCAGUUCUUGAACUUCCAGCAGAACAUUGAUGCCAUAUCAUACAACGACCAUGUUACGACACCAGACGUCAUCGCCGAGCAACCUGCGAACAUUGCGGGAGUGGAACCCAAAGACAUGUCUACCACCACCAUCACUGCAAGCGCUCCACAGGUGCUCCAUGUUCCGAUUGAGCCACUUCAAGAUACGCCUGUCAAUCCCAUGGAAAUCGUCUCUACAGUCGUAGCAGCUGCGUUAAAGAAGCCGAUGGAUGCACUGGAAAUGAAGCAGACGAUCAAAGCAUUGGCUGGUGGCCGCUCUACCCUCCAAAAUGAAAUCAUUGGAGAUCUUGCCGCAGAAUUCGACGCGAUCCCCGAUGGUGCUGAGGACUUACCACUAGAAGGUCUAUGCGCAGCAGUGCAAAGCAAUUUUGGAGGAAAGUUAGGAAAGAAGGCUUCGUCGAUGGUGGAGAGACUAGUUAGCCAGAAACUGCCAAGCACUUUCCAAACCGCUACUGUCCGCAAGCACUUGAACGAGAGAUGGGGCCUGGGACCAGGACGCCAAGACAGCGUUCUGCUCUGGGGCGUUACUUCUCAACCUGGAUUCCGCCUCAAGGAUGACGGCGAGGCCAAAGUCUUCUUGGACGGCCUCGUUCACCUGUACGCCAAGAAGCACGGCCUUAGUCUACCAGACAGUAAUUCGCUUUCUGUCACAGUUUCAGUCGAAGAGACAAAGAUCAACUCUGAAACCGUGGCACUCCUGGAGAACAAGCAAAAGUCGGCAUGGCUCGAGCAGCUCCAGCUUUACUCGAAUCUGCUCGGCCUGGACAUGCACGCAUCAGAAGCCACCAUUGAUGCACUUCAGAAACGGGUAUCUGACUUGGAGACCGAGUUGGAUGCUUGGGCUGAUGAGCAUGGCGAAUUUUACGCGUCUGGAAUCCACCCAAUGUUCUCGCCUCUGAAAGCCCGAACCUACGACUCAUGGUGGAACUGGGUGAUGCAAGAUCUCUUGACUUUUGUUGCUCUGGCAGCGACAACGGAGGCUGGCGAAGCCCAACUUGACCAGCUGAAAGCAAGGAUCGUCGGUCGGGCGAAUGAUCGUAUCAUAUCUACCCUCGGCUAUCUGGUCUCUGCCACAAGCAAGGAGUCACUUGCUCGCCGAUUGUCAGGCCUCUUAGCAGAAUGCGAGGGUGCAUUAGGCCUGCCUUCAUCUGUCCGCCAUCCUGGUCCCUCUCUUGCCCCAUCUACGAUAAUUGAGGAAGAUGGCAAGAUCGUCGUAUCUGAGAAGCCCAGGUUGGGCGAUCCACACGCCGAUGAUCAACUGCUUAGACUGGGGCGAAAAGGCGUCGCUGGUUGGCAAUUUGAUGGGGAGCUUUCAUCGGUGCUCCAUGACUUGCUCCAGGGUACGAAUGCGACUCGCUUGUCUUUCGCUGGAACAACAGUACUUGUCACUGGCGCUGGCGAAGGCUCAAUCGGCUGUCAGAUCGUUGCCCAGCUCCUCAAUGCUGGUGCAGUAGUUAUCGUGACUAGCAGCUCAUAUUCACCAAAGUCGACACGGUUUUAUCAAAAGCUAUACGCCGAAAACUGCGGUAAAGGCUCAAUGCUAAUUCUGGUUCCAUUCAAUCAAGCCAGUGUUCGCGAUGUUGACGCCGUGGUGGACUACAUCUACAGUAAAGACGGCCUCGCCAUGGACCUGGACUUUGUGGUACCAUUUGCUGCAAUCUCAGAGAAUGGUCGGACUAUCAGCAACAUCGACGGCAGGGCUGAGCUGGCUCACCGCGUCAUGCUCACGAAUACGCUACGUCUUCUUGGCAACGUGAAGCAGCAGAAGAUGAAUCGCGGUACAGUCGCUAGGCCGGCCCAAGUCAUCCUUCCACUUUCACCCAACCACGGCUCUUUCGGGAGUGAUGGUCUCUACGCGGAGUCCAAGCUAGGCCUGGAAGCUCUUUUUGAAAAAUUCCACUCCGAAGAUUGGGCAGACUACUUGCUCGUUUGUGGCGCAAUCAUUGGCUGGACACGCGGUACUUCACUGAUGUCAGACAACGAUAUGGUUGCUGAGGGCAUCGAACAGCUUGGUGUUCGGACAUAUACUCAGACGGAGAUGGCGUUCAACAUCGUAUGUCUGCUGAGUGAAGAAGUCAAGUCACUGUGUAUCGACAGCCCGGUGGUCGCCGACCUGAGUGGAGGUAUGGGAGAGAUUGUAGAUCUUCAGCAAGCUACUGCAGAAAUCCGAGCUUCGAUCAUUGGGCAGAGUGAAGAACGUCGUGCUCUAGCGCUUGAGGCUUCGUUUGAAUCAUCUGAUGCCAACGCUGAAACGGAUCAUGGGUCACUGGCAAACGUUCAGUUCGCCUUCCCCGAGCUACCUGACUGGAACCGUGACGUUCUUCCUCUUACCGAACAGCUCAAGGGUAUGGUGGAUUUGGAUCGUGUCAUAGUUGUUGUUGGCUACUCCGAAGUAGGCCCAUGUGGUAACUCUCGCACAAGAUGGAUGAUGGAAUUGGAUGGUCCUCUUCUUUCAACAGAAUGCUGCAUUGAGCUGGCGUGGACGAUGGGCCUCAUCAAGAGCCACCAUGGUGUGGUGGAUGGCCAGUUAUUCUCUGGCUGGGUGGAGAAGGAAACAGGCAAGCCCAUUGCAGACCACGAGAUUCCCACGAAGUUCGGAAAAUUGAUCCGCGAACAUAGUGGCAUCCGUCUCGCCGAAGCAAAGCGUGGCGCCCCAGGCUGGAAGGGACGCGAGGUUUUGCAUGAGAUCGUGGUUUCAAAAGACCAUGACCCGAUCGAAGUCAGCAAGGAUGUUGCUACACAGCUCAAGCAAGCUCACGGAGAGAGCGUGCACGUGUCUGUCGACGAUGCGACGGGUCAAGCAAAGGUCGUCUUACGAAAGGGCGCCAAGAUCUCGGUGCCUAAGCUCAUUGACGGGAGCCACACCGUCGCUGGCCAAAUCCCAACAGGCUGGAAUGCUGCGACGUACGGAGUGCCACAAGAUGUGAUUGAACAAGUCGACCCAGUCACUCUCUUUGCUCUUGUUGCUACCGCAGAGUCGUUCCAGUCUGCCGGCAUCCUCGACCCGUUUGAACUCUACAACACCCUCCACGUAAGCGAAGUGGCAACAUGCGUUGGUGCAGGCUUCGGUGGCAUAACAAGCAUACGUGAGAUCUUCCAGGAACGCUUCCGCGAUAUGGACCCUGCGAAUGACGCUCUAGCUGAGUGUUUCAUCAAUUCCAGCAGUGCCUGGAUUAAUAUGCUCCUCCUAUCAGCAGCUGGUCCUAAUCGAACACCUGUUGGCGCAUGUGCUACGGCAGUGGAGUCACUCGAUACAGCUUGCGAUCUUAUCCAGACUGGAAAGGCGAAGUUCUGCGUUGUUGGCGGAUGCGACGACCUUCUCAAAGAGACAUCCACAGAGUUCGCCAACAUGAAAGCCACGAUCGAUCCUGAUCAAGACGCUCUAAACGGCCGCGAUCCUACGGAGAUGAGUCGCCCAACUACUUCGACUCGUAAGGGGUUCGUGGAGUCUGAGGGUGCGGGCAUUCAGCUCGUUACAACUGCCUCUGUCGCGCUGGACAUGGGUCUUCCGAUUCACUGUGUCGUCGCGUUAUCAUCCACUGCAAUGGACAAAGCAGGUCGCUCUCUGCCUGCCCCUGGACGUGGAAUCCUGGGCACCGCCAGACAGAGCACUGCAGAAUUUGACUCACCCUUGAUGAAUAUCAAGUACCGCAGAAGAGCUCUACAGGCACGAUUGCAACAAGUCGAAGACAUGCGCGACCUCCAAUUGUCUUACUUGGAUGAAGAGGUUGAGCAUCUCAUGACCGACUCUACUGUCGACUUCUCCGUCGACAAGUAUCGUCUACAACGCGUCACGGACAUUGAAAACGAUGCUCUCCGAGACCAGAAAGAGGCUCUAGACUUGUACGGAAAUCGAUUCUGGACGCAUGACCAACGUAUCUCUCCUAUACGCGGUGGCCUUGCUGUGUGGGGCCUUUCCGUCGAUGAUGUUGACAUGGUAUCUUUCCACGGCACAUCAACAAAAGCGAACGAGAAGAACGAAGCAGCUGUAGUCAGUGAGCAGUUUAAGCACCUCGGUCGAACGAAAGGAAACGUUGUUCCUGUCGUUUGCCAAAAAGCCCUCACUGGUCACCCCAAGGCGGCUGCAGGAGCUUGGAUGCUCAAUGGGUGCAUUCAAGCCAUGCACGACAAGAAGAUUCCCGGAAAUCGGAAUGCCGAUAACAUUGACUCGGAGCUUCAGAAGUACGAGUAUCUCGUAUUUCCAAACAAGACUGUGGAGAGAAGUGAGGAUGUCAAGGCCUUCUUACUCAACUCAUUCGGCUUUGGUCAAAAGGGAGCAAUGGCAAUUGGUGUGAAUCCAAAAUACCUAUUUGCUACACUGAAGCGGAAAGACUACGAGGUAUACACGAAGAAGCGACAGUCACGAGAAAAGAAGGCAGUUCGACGGUUUCAUGAGGCUAUGAACUGCAAUAGUGUGUUUCGGCCAAAGAAGAAUGCCCCUUAUUCUCAGGAGAACGAGACUGCUGUUCUGUUGGAUCCGGCAUUUAGGCUUGGAGCGUGAAGGAGGCGUUCUGGGACGAGAGACUUUCACAUGUUUUACCAAAUUGAUUUUUCCAUUUUCUUACAAUUACAUUCAUUUACCCAC